UCUCAGCCACCUGCAUUCUGAUGUACCAAAAAAAAAAACCUAGUCUGAUGACGUGACCAAUUCCCAUUGGUUAAAAACAAGUCCAACCCAACAGCAACGAAUCACCGAAUCCAAAAAUUAAAAGUUCAAACAAAUCUCCCCUAUGACUCGGCUUAUCAAAAUCUCAACUGGGUAACUCUCAUCCUAACAGAUCUCACACGUGUACUGAUCUACACAGCUGUAUUCUUUUUCUUUCUUCUUGUUUGAAUCACUGUUUUAGAUUUUCAAAACGAUCUGUUAUCAUUUACUUGCAAUGCACGCACUGCAAAAUUAACAUGACGGUGAAAGGAGGCACUAGCCAAGCCUGUGCAGCGUGUAAAUACCAACGGCGAAAAUGCUCUUCGGAGUGCCCUCUGGCUCCAUAUUUUCCAGCCAACCAACCCAAGAUGUUCCAAAACUCUCACCGCCUUUUCGGGGUCUGCAACAUUAUGAAGAUACUUAGGCAAUUGGAUAAUCAAGAUCAAAAAGACGAGGCCAUGAAAUCGGUUAUUUAUGAGUCUGACAUGCGCGAAAAAUUCCCUGUUCAUGGUUGUUGUGGAAUAAUUCGCCAUCUUUACGGUCAAUUAGUACAAGCGGUCGAAGAGCUUCAGUAUGUUCAAGCUCGGUUAGUGAUUUGCAGGGAAGAGUGUCACAAUCAAGUCGUCGAUCACCACUUUCCUCCUUCGUCUGAGUUGCAAUUAGGCAUGAAUUCGACUGGCAAUGGUUUAAUUGUACUUCAACAUCAUUCGCCAGGGGCCAAUGCGAUGAUGCCUUUGGAUGCUAACCAGUUUGUGAUGAAUGGGAAUAACGGUGUUUAUGUGGAACCCAAUGAUGAUAUUGUGAAAGGAUUAUGGAUUCAACAUCCGAAUUAUAAUAAUAGUGGUAAUGAUCAUGUUGGGAUUCAAUCCCAAUUGAAUAUUCCUGAAUCCGAGGUUUUUCCAAUUCAACAGCAAAUUGAGAUUGAUUAUGAUGACAUACCGUUCGAUACAAUUGCUGAUGACAGACAAUCUUAUAUUGAAUCGAAAGAAGCCUGUGACUCGUGCUGCGAAUCACCAUGGAAGGAUAUAACACGACCGAUUGAGCAUGUGUCGAAAAACGAACUAAAGAGUGCUGCUGCAUGUUUCAGCCUCACCAGUGUCAAUUAAUUCAAUAGCAGAGACAGAGUAUUACAUAUUUAUCUCAUGUCUAGUUUUUUUCCCUUUCUUUCCUCCAGUUUUGACAGUUUUUUGGGUAUUUUUAUACCAUAAUUUUGAACAUUUUCGGACUAUUUGAUUUACAUUCAUCAAUAAGAGAUGUAAAUAGGUUUUUUCUUCUUCUUUCUUUCUUUCUUUUCAUAAGGUAUAUGAAGGUUCUUCAACAUUUGAUUAAAUGUAAAUUGUUCAUAUGAGUUGUCUGACAAACUUGGCAUACAUGUAACGCACAACUGAUCUCAUCUAUGCAAAUGAU